AUGGUGUCUAGCAGGCCAUGUGAUAUGGUGUCUAGCAGGCCAUGUGAUAUGGUGUCUAGCAGGCCAUGUGAUAUGGUGUCUAGCAGGCCAUGUGAUAUGGUGUCAAGCAGGCCAUGUGAUAUGGUGUCUAGCAGGCGAUGUGAUAUGGUGUCUAACAGGCGAUGUGAUAUGGUGUCUAACAGGCCAUGUGAUAUGGUGUCUAACAGGCCAUGUGAUAUAGUGUCUAGCAGGCCAUGUCAUAUGGUGUCUAGCAGGCCAUGUGAUAUGAUGUCUAGCAGGCCAUGUGAUAUGGUGUCAAGCAGGCCAUGUGAUAUGGUGUCUAGCAGGCCGUGUGAUAUGGUGUCUAACAGGCCAUGUGAUAUGGUGUCUAGCAGGCCAUGUGAUAUGGUGUCUAGCAGGCCAUGUGAUAUGGUGUCUAGCAGGCCGUGUGAUAUGGUGUCUAGCAGGCCGUGUGAUAUGGUGUCUAGCAGGCCAUGUGAUAUGAUGUCUAGCAGGCAAUGUGAUAUGGUGUCUAGCAGGCCGUGUGAUAUGGUGUCUAGCAGGCCGUGUGAUAUGGUGUCUAGCAGGCCAUGUGAUAUGAUGUCUAGCAGGCAAUGUGAUAUGAUAUCUAGCAGGCCAUGUGAUAUGGUGUCUAGCAGGCCAUGUGAUAUGGUGUCUAGCAGGCCAUGUGAUAUAGUGUCUAGCAGGCCAUGUGAUAUGGUGUCUAACAGGCCAUGUGAUAUGGUGUCUAGCAGGCCAUGUGAUAUGGUGUCAAGCAGGCCAUGUGAUAUGGUGUCUAGCAGGCCAUGUGAUAUGAUGUCUAGCAGGCCAUGUGAUAUGGUGUCUAGCAAGCCAUGUGAUAAGGUGUCUAGCAGGCCAUGUGAUAUGGUGUCUAGCAGGCCAUGUGAUAUGGUGUCUAGCAGGCAAUGUGAUAUGAUGUCUAGCAGGCCAUGUGAUAUAGUGUCUAACAGGCCAUGUGAUAUGGUGUCUAACAGGCCAUGUGAUAUGGUGUCUAGCAGGCCAUGUGAUAUGGUGUCUAGCAGGCCAUGUGAUAUGAUGUCAAGCAGGCCAUGUGAUAUGGUGUCUAACAGGCCAUGUGAUAUGGUGUCUAGCAGGCCAUGUGAUAUGGUGUCUAGCAGGCCAUGUGAUAUAGUGUCUAGCAGGCAAUGUGAUAUGAUGUCUAGCAGGCCAUGUGAUAUAGUGUCUAACAGGCAAUGUGAUAUGAUGUCUAGCAGGCCAUGUGAUAUAGUGUCUAACAGGCCGUGUGAUAUGGUGUCUAAUAGGCCAUGUGAUAUGUUGUCUAGCAGGCCAUGUGAUAUGGUGUCUAAUAGACCAUGUGAUAUGGUGUCUAGCAGGCCAUGUGAUAUGGUGUCUAGCAGGCCAUGUGAUAUGGUGUCUAGCAGGCCGUGUGAUAUGGUGUUUAGCAGGCCAUGUGAUAUAGUGUCUAGCAGGCCAUGUGAUAUGGUGUCUAGCAGGCCAUGUGAUAUGGUGUCUAGUAGGCCAUGUGAUAUGGUGUCUAGCAGGCCAUGUGAUAUGGUGUCUAGCAGGCCGUGUGAUAUGGCGUUUAGCAGGCCAUGUGAUAUAGUGUCUAGCAGGCCAUGUGAUAUGGCCAUGUGA